AUGGCGCUGCUCGUGUCCCCCGCGACGCCGCGAAGUGUGGCAUCGACUGCGCUGGAUAGCGAGGAUUCGGAGACAGAGCCUCCUGCACCACUUGCACCUUCAACUGCAGCGCCUGCCGCGGGCAGCGCGGCGGAUGCGGCUCAGUCAGGGACCAUUGAUGUGGCCUCGGAGAGUGAUGUGGAGAUGACCGAGCUGAAGGAUGCCAAGGCUACGCCUCUCCACCAGGCCGCGGCGCGGUCCGGGGGACGGCAGAGCUCCUUGCUGUUUUGGACUUCCAGGGCUGAGGGGCCGCCCGGCAAACGCUUCAAGCGCCUCACCGCUUCUGAAGCCACGGCACGCCGCCGCGACCGCCGCGAGCGCAACACCGCGCUGCGCUUCUGGGAGAUCCGGCUGCCACCGCCGGUGGUGGGCUAUGACCACCAGGUUGAGCGGCUUUGCUCCAGCAGCAUCGUCAAUGGCUUGGAGGCUUGGUUUCCCGUGGAACCACUCCCCUCGCAGCUGCAACUCCUUUCAGCCGCGGUGGAAGCGAUGGAGAAACGCACGGUGGCAUUGCUGGAAAGCCCCACCGGCACGGGAAAGACCCUGGCACUCCUCACUUCAUCCUUGGCCUUCCAGUGGAGGUGUUUUCAAUCCUGGCAGCAGCAGGGGCAUCACCUGCCACCUGCACCCGCCAGCCGCUUGGGCAGGAAGGAUGACCAAGCCGCGCCAGAUGGGCAAACCGGCACGGGGGGUGGGCCGGAUGGGCCAGCCGCAGUGCCUCGAGUGAUUUGGAUCGCGCGCACGCAUGACCAGUUGGAGCACACCAUCCGCGAGCUUCGCCGCCUACCCUACCGACCGCUCGAGUCCCUGCGCAUCUCGCGCGAGCGUUUUUGCUUGCACCCCUUCGUCCAGCAGGCACAAGACAAGUCCACGGCCUGUGAGAUGGCCACCAUGACGCGGCACGGCAAUGCUUUGGGAGGUGGCAUGUCAGGCUGUGUGCACCUGGACAACGCCGAGGCCAUCGGCUACCCGACCAUUGCAGAGCACCGCGCCAAGUUCGAGGCUGGUGGCACUCUGGCGGUCUACGACAUUGAGGAUUUGGUGAAAGAGGGCCAUGACACGCAGACCUGCCCGUAUCACGCGUCGAUGGAUUUGACGGGCGAAGGUGCAGCCUUGAUUCUGUGCACCUAUCCGCAAAUCAUGGACCCCUGCGUCCGAGAGAGCAGUAAUUUCGAGCAAGUCCUGCAAGACGCGGUCGUGGUGAUCGAUGAAGCACACAACUUGCCUCAGGUGGCGCGCGAUAGCGCAAGCUUUCGCGGAAGUGUGGUGGACUUUGAGCAACUGAUUUCGAAGCUUCAGGGCUUGGCAAAAGCCACGGCAGAGCCUGAGGCUGUGGAGCUUGCUGAGAAGGUUUGUGGUGCUGUGACGCGCCUGCGAGAUUGGCUGAGUACGUCCGCCGCGGGUGGUGAUGCUGGACCCAUUCGACUGACGCCCAUGGGCGACGAGCUGCGAGAUGAAGGCGGUCGGGGAUGCUUGGUCUUGGUGUCGCAGAUUGCGGGUGUGGGCUCCGUGGCCGAGGCCCAGCGUCUCCUAACGAUGCUCCGCGGCCUUCGGCGGCGCUUCAUCGAGCACGGUCUGGAAGGCUGGGCGGUACGCUCUUCAGCAGUGAAUGAGAUGGACUCCUUUCUGCGGAAGAUGUCACUGGUGCUCGAGGAAGCAGGUCGAGGCAGCUAUACCUUAGUCGUCACGAAAGCCGGCUUCGGCCAGCGGGGACGUUUGGCCAUGGUGGCUCUCAGUGGCCUGGUGGCCUUUCACAACGCAGUGGGCCACUGCCGCGCGGUGCUUUGCGCCUCCGGCACCCUGGCACCUUUCCCUCUCUUCAAGCGCGAGCUGGGGCUGGAGCUUGAAGGAGCAGAGCCUACGCUGUUCUCCAGCCGAGUUGUGGCAGAAGAGAUCGGGCAGUCACCCCACGUGAGCCGGAGGCUCAAGGUCUUGGCCAUCAAAGCCGUGGAGGGCCAGAAGCUCAGUUCCACUCGCAGCUUUCGGGCCCAGCAUGGGGCUCAGUAUUUGUCUUCCUUGGCGAAGGUCCUUCAGUUGCUCCUGCCAGCCGUGCCCCAUGGCAAGCUCAUCUUCUUUCCCUCGCACGAGCAGUUGGCCGAUGCGGUGAAUCAUUGGCAGCGCCUGGCGCUGCUGCAGCGCGGCGCUGCCGGCGGCUUCGAUCGUUUGGGUGGCAUCCCGGUGGUCAUUGAGACCUCCGGCUUGAGCAGUGAAGCUGCAGCUGCUUUGGUGUCACAAUACCGGCAGCUGGCGUCCAAAGACGAAGGCUCCAUCCUCCUGGCUGUCAUGCGUGGCCGCUGUGCAGAGGGCGCUGAUUUCAAGGACGAGGCCGCCCGCGCUGUGGUGGUUGUUGGUGUGCCCUUUCCCAGUAUGGACACUGAAGUGCGCUUGAAGAUGGAGUACGAAGGUCGACAUGGCUCUGCAUGGUACGAGGCUGAAGCUUACCGAUCUGUGUCGCAGGCUGCGGGGCGACUGUUGAGACACCAGUCGGACUACGGAUGCCUGCUCCUGCUGGACUACAGAUUUGCCGCAGAGAACCCUCCGCUGCAGCUGUCGAGCUGGCUGAGACAGGAGCUGCGAGAACAGCGCGGCAAAGGUCUUGAGCUCUUACAGCGCAAAGUGGAGAUGGGUCACACGCCCCGCCGCACCGAGCGCCGCGCCUCGAGAAGCGGCGGAGGGGUGCCGGCCGUGAUCUCGUCGAUGUACACCUUUGGCGCGCCAGCCGUCUCGCGCCCUCCCAUGCCCGACCUGAACUCGCCGGAUCAUUGCUUCCCGGGCUUGCGCACCUACACGGAGAACAAGCUGGCGGGAGGUGGCCGUCAGGUGGAUGCGGCAUCCAUGUUCGAUGCCUACGCCCAUCCAUUCAUCAGUGUGCUGGCACUUGACUGGGGUCAGGAUUCGUUUUACCAGCCAUGCCCCGGCGACGCUACAUGGCCUCAAGGAGGUGGAGCCGCGGAUUGGGGUCUUCACUCUGAGACCCACUAUGCCCCGCGCUUGCAGAACGUGACCCUCAGCGGCGUGGCGGUGGCCACGGACGAGCCCUUCAAGACGGCCAACGAGAUGGUGACGUUGGCCUACAAGAGCUAUGACACUGUGGAGAAUACCAUCAAGGAGAUGAAGACGAAGCUGCCCAAGUGGAGACUGGUGGACCGUCACGUCUUUGAGUGGAGCGAAGGGGCCUACGACGAUGAUCCCAUCAUGGUGGCCCAGCAGACUGAAACCUUGGAGUGCGCCCUGGUCUUCACGGGCACCAACCACUUUGGCGAGCUUGGCAGCUCUGUGAAGCAGCACCUCACCGGCUACUGCGGCUUCGACCAGGUGCACGCGGGCUAUCGAGAUGAAGUGUGGCAGCUCUCGGAUCACGCGAUUUGGCCGAAGAUCACCGAGAAGUUGUCCAAAUGCAGCAGUGUGCGCUGUGUGGGGCAUUCCUUGGGGGGCGCCAUGUGUGACGUCUUCUCCGGAUGCAUCAAUAGCGGUCGCCUGGAAGAUCCUGAGACUUGGCCGACAGAAACCGGCCGGGUGAAUGUCGUGCUGACGUUGGCCUUGGCAUUGGCUGCACUGGCAGAUGAGACGGAAGACCUCACCAAGUCGAUUCAAGAAUUGUUUGAGGAAGAAGCUCGCGUGCCCGAGAAGAAAGGAGAUGCUUUGGCGCCAGCCGUCCCAGAAGUGCACCACAUGUUAGUCGAUCCUUUUGAUGACUCGGAUCUGGGGCAGGAUGCCAAGGUCUCAAGACCCCCGGCAAGCCCUCAAGACCCGCUGGAAAAUCCAUUUUCAGAGCUGGCCAGUGUAAAGACACCAGCCGCUGGUUCCCCUGCGAGCCCAUCAAGCAGAUGGUUCCCAGACCCCGGCAGCGCAGAUCCCUUCGCCGAGCUCGAGAAAGCGGGACCUGUUACUUCGAGCUCAGUGCAGAGCGGCUCGAAGCCGUUCGCCAGCGAACGCACUUCUAAGCCGGAGUUCAAGGAGCGCAAGGAGAAGCCCGUGAAAGCCUCCUGGGGCGCCCUGAAAGCUUUCAUGGAGACUGAGACGAGCACGCUGAUGCCGCCUAGCGGUCCGGAGCACCUCAAGCUCAAGGACCUGGAGACGAAGCCAGGCGAGUCGCUUCCAAAGAGCACCGAACAAUGGGAGGUGAAGCCAAGCAUGAAGGACUCCGAACUCAAUGAGGUGAAGGCAGCUACGCCAAUCACGAAGCAGUUGGAGCUCAAGCCAAGCACCUUCUCAAGCAGCACUGCCCCAGCUGCUCCAGCAUCCCCAUCCGACCCCGUCCUCCCCACGCACCACGAGACCUCGCGCACGGAUCUCGCGUGGGCUGCGGGCGCGGCGCAAGCCACGGCGAUGAGCGAGAUGAACAAGUCGACAGGCCUCGCUCAGAAGAUCAAGGGAAACUCCACUGGCAUGAAGGUGGAGAACUCGACAGAGACCAUGAUGUCAAAGGCUUCCUUUGGUGAUUCCAACGCGAAAGAGACCAAGGCCACGAGCUCGAGCCCGGUGCUGGUCAACGAUGCCGUGAAGAGCGUCGAGGUGAAGAAGAGCGAAGAGGCAGAGCAUGAGCCGCAACGAAGGGCGGCGCCGCCGCAACCACUGGUCGCAGAGGCAGCAGCUAAACAGCCGUCCUUGCGUGCGCGGGCUCAGGCUCCUGCUGAGGUGGACACUGUGCCUUUUGCAAGGGAAGUGGACAUGGAAAUGGCCGAGUCUGAGCCGGUGGAACUCCCGGCUCCACCUGCUCCACCAGCACCGCCCGCGAAGGCCGCAAGGCUGGCCGGACCAGCCUCCUUCGCGGCCUUCUGGACGCAAGAGGCCGUGGCACCGCAGGUGGAGAAGCCCCGCGGCGACUCGGAGCCGCUGGUCUUGGUGCAGCGGGGACAGGGCGUGGACUUCACCAAGGUCACGCCCCAGCCUGAGGAGCCCUCGAUCAGCAUCUCCGAGCCCUUCCGCGUGUGGGAGGAGGAGGACCAGCAGGCGGCGCAGCAGCUCAAAGACUUGGAUCGGCGCUUGCGGCAGCGUGCCCGACGGUCCAUCCGCGCGGAGUCGACUGUCCUGGCACCAGAGGAGGAGAAGGGUGCUGCAGGUUCCAGUUCGGGCGCGGAGAACAAUCGGUCGUUCGAAGCCAGCACUGUUGGCUCAGCUCAGGAGCUGUUGGCGUCAUCCGAGGAUGACCAGGGUGGAACUCCAGAGCUGAUGCCCGAGAUUGGAAGCCAAGAGGAGCUUCAGGCUUUGGGCGCAGGGCCGGGCAGUGCUCCAGUGGAGCUGGGCAUUGUGGAUUCCUUGUGCCCGGGAAGAGGGGGGUUUCAGCCUGGUUGAUCGAGGCGAAUCGAGGUGUGGACGAAAGACUGUGCGUUCUGAUGUGAAAACGGGCUGAAAGAGAAGGGCUGUAGCUGCUGGGUGAACAAUGAACAAGUAGUUGUUGGCACCGUGGAAGACCGCGCAUUCGCGCCAAAGUCUUGAAGAGGUGUUGAAUCUUGAAGGAGUGUUUAGGU